GGUGGGGCGUGGCGGGACUCGUCCCGGUGCCGGUGCCGGGCUCCUCCCGGUUGCGGGCGCUGUGGCCGUGCCUGCGGGGCCUGCUGGGGUGCGGCGCCGGGCGAGCCAUGGCUGCAGCCGCGUGGAUGCCCGCGGUUUCGCGAUUGCUAGGUGCUUUCAAAAACCAAAAACAGGUGACCAGAAGUUUUGGUAGUGCUGUACAAACAGUAACUUUAAUCCCAGGAGAUGGCAUAGGACCUGAGAUUUCUGCUGCUGUCAUGAAGAUCUUUGAUGCUGCCAAAGCUCCUAUUCAGUGGGAAGAGAGGAAUGUUACAGCCAUCCAAGGACCAGGAGGAAAGUGGAUGAUACCUCCGGAUGCCAAAGAAUCUAUGGAUAAAAACAAAAUGGGAUUAAAAGGCCCUUUAAAAACCCCAAUUGCUGCGGGACACCCAUCAAUGAAUCUGCUUCUGCGUAAAACCUUUGACCUUUAUGCAAACGUACGUCCCUGUGUCUCAAUUGAAGGAUACAAAACCCCUUACACAGAUGUAAACAUUGUCACAAUAAGAGAGAACACAGAAGGCGAAUACAGUGGAAUUGAACAUGUGAUUGUUGAAGGUGUUGUGCAAAGUAUCAAGCUAAUCACAGAGGAAGCUAGCAAGCGUAUCGCAGAGUUUGCUUUUGAGUAUGCCAGAAACAAUCAGAGAAGCCACGUUACUGCUGUACACAAGGCAAAUAUUAUGAGAAUGUCUGAUGGACUUUUCUUGAGAAAAUGCAGGGAGGCAGCAGAAAACUGUAAAGAUAUUAAAUUUAACGAAAUGUAUCUAGAUACUGUGUGUCUGAAUAUGGUUCAGGAUCCGUCACAAUUUGAUGUGCUUGUUAUGCCAAACUUGUAUGGUGACAUCCUCAGUGACUUGUGUGCUGGCUUGAUUGGGGGUCUUGGAGUAACACCAAGUGGGAACAUUGGUGCUAAUGGAGUUGCAAUUUUUGAAUCAGUUCAUGGAACAGCACCAGAUAUUGCAGGAAAAGACUUGGCAAAUCCAACUGCCCUUCUUCUGAGUGCUGUAAUGAUGUUGCGUCAUAUGGGACUACACAAGCAUGCCACAAAAAUUGAGACAGCUUGCUUUGAUACAAUUAAAGAUGGAAAGGUCUUGACAAAAGACUUGGGAGGUAAUGCAAAGUGCUCAGAAUUCACAGAGGAGAUCUGCCGCAGAGUACAGGAUACAGACUAAACAUCUCACACGGCUUGUAAUAACGCUGAGAGGAUGCAUCACAGAAGUACAUUGUGUAACCUGGUAUCUAUAUGCAUAUAACUUUAUUUGUCUCUUAAGAGAGCAAACUUUUUAGGAAGGGUCUCUUCAUUAAUAAACUUAGUCCAAAUGGCUACAGAUGA